GCAUGGCGCUCCUCCGGCGUCAUGGCGCCCACUGCCACCUGGCGGCGAAAGCGAGAACUAGCGGGCCGGUCGGCGGCCGCAGUUAGUGCUGUGCGGUCGGCGCGCGCAGAAGGAUGGCCGUCUAUGGCACCCCUGGCAGUGAUUAGUUCCGUGCUAGCGUUCCUCCUGUACUACAACACGUUAGACGCGGACUUUGCCUACGAUGACAGUCGAGCAAUCAAAACCAACCCUGACAUCUUGCCGAGCACGCCUCUCACCAGCCUGCUGCUGGACGACUUCUGGGGCACGCCGCUCAGCCACAGCGGCUCGCACAAGUCCUAUCGGCCUGUCACCGUACUCAGCUUCCGGCUCAACUACCUGGCCGGCGGCCUGCGGCCCUGGGGCUACCACCUGGUCAACGUGCUACUGCACAGUGUCGCCUGCGCGCUGUUCGCGCAGCUGGCCGCCCGGCUGUUUGGCGCGCGCUCGCCGGCCGCUGUGCUCGCCUCCCUGCUGUUCGUCGUGCACCCAGUGCACACGGAGGCGGUGGCCGGCGUGGUCGGGCGGGCUGACGUCGGUGCCGCCAUCUUCUUCCUGCUCAGCUUCUUCUCGUAUAGCGCCUACCUGCGGCAGCGCGACUUGCGCGACGCGCCGCGGCCGGCACUGCGAAACGGAAGUGCUGCCGGUCAGCACCACGCGGCGCCAUCGUCGCCGCGCUGCUGGCGCCCCCUGCUGGCGUGUUUCGUGUGCGCCGCGCUCGCUAUGUUCACCAAGGAGCAUGGCGUCACCGUCAUGGGGGUGUGCAUCGUGUACGAUCUACUGGUCUACAACAAGUUCACCGCCAAAGAUCUUUCACAACUCUUUUCUGAGCGAUACCGGCGCGCAGUAGAGGGGCCGGGACUGCUCGUGGCCAUGUCGGCGGCGCUGCUGGCCGUCCGCCUGCUGGCCAUGGGCUCCAAGCCGCCCGAGUUCUCGCCGUCCGACAACCCGGCGGCCGACAGCGACUCGCUGGCGGUGCGGGCGCUCACCUUCCUACACCUGCCGGUCGUCAACCUGGGUCUGCUUCUCUGCCCGAGCACGCUCAGCUUCGACUGGUCGAUGGACGCCGUGCCGCUGCUCUCGCCGGCCGACCCGCGCAACCUGCUGACGCUGGCGCUGUACGCCGGCGCCGCGCUCCUGGCGACCAGCAUCCUGCGCGGCCUCCACGCCGACCGAAGGACCUACUACGUGGAGCGCGUGCGCACCUACCUGCGCGCGCAGGACGGCGCCGGCUCGGACGCCGAGUCGGAGGCGUCGGCUGCCUCGCAGGCGGCCGGCUUCGGCCAGCUGGAUGCCGUCAUCCUCGGCGCCGCUCUCCUAGUCAUCCCCUUCCUGCCGGCCAGCAACCUCUUCUUCUACGUCGGCUUCGUGGUGGCCGAGCGCGUGCUGUACAUUCCGUCGAUGGGCUUCUGCCUGCUGGUGGCGGCCGGCUUCCGCGCGCUGCGCGGCCGGCUCGGUCGCCGCGGCAAGAUGGCGGCCGCUACGGCCGCUGUCGGUCUUCUGCUGGCGAUGGCGUGCCGGACGUAUGUGCGUAACCUGGACUGGCGCACGGAGGAGCGCCUGUACCGGGCCGGCAUCGCCGUCAACCCUCCCAAAGCGUACGGCAACUUGGCCAACAUCCUUAGCUCCAACGGCAUGAAGGAGGAGGCGGAGCGGGCUUACAAGCGGGCUCUCUCCUACCGCUCCAACAUGGCUGACGUUCAUUACAAUCUGGGGAUUUUAUAUCAAGAACAGAAACGGUACGAUGAAGCUCUUCAGUCUUAUGACAAGGCAAUUCAAUAUCGUCCGAGGAUGGCCAUGGCGCACCUGAACAAGGGGCUGGUGCUGGGCCUGUCGGGACAGCGCGAGGCAGCUGCCGCCGUCUACCGGCACUGCUCCACGCUGGACGGUGCCGGCCUCAAGGACCCACGGACGCACGAGGCCACCAAAAUAUCAGCUCUCUUCAACCUGGGCCGUCUUCACGCCGACGAGGGCAGCUUUCGGCAGGCGAUUGCCGUGUACCAGGAGGCCAUCGAGCGGAUGCCGGCGCACUACCAGCCGCAGAGUCUGUACAACAUGCUGGGCGAGGCGUUCUUCAAGGUGGACAGGCUGUCCGAGGCCGAACACUGGUACAAGGAGGCGCUGCGUGCCAAGCCCGAUCACGUGCCGGCGCACCUCACCUACGGCAAGCUGCUGGCCAAAAUGGGUCGACCUGCUGAGGCAGAGGCCUGGUUCGUCAAGGCGAUGGAGCUGGCGCCCAACGACCCGGUGGUUUACCAGCAUUACGGACAGCACCUGGCCGACGGCGAGCGGCUGCCGCUCGCGGCCGACAUCUACCGGCGCGCCGCCGAACUAGCGCCGCACGAGUACGAGAUGGUCUUCAACGCCGCCAACAUUCUCCGCCAGGCGGCGCGCAAUGAGGAGGCCGAACACUACUACCGCAUCGCCGUGCGCCUACGCCCUAACGAGGCCACGAGCCACAUGAACCUGGGCGCUAUGCUGCACGUGAACGGCAAGCUGGUGGAGGCCGAGCAGUCUUACCUGGCGGCCCUGCAGAUCAAGCCCGAUGACCAGAUCACCAAGACCAAUCUGCAGAAGCUGCGACACCUGCUGCCCAAGGCGAAGCGGGGGAAGGGCGCCAGCUGAGUGCGACGCCGCCCCCGCCGGUGUCAAACAGCGCUCCCGUGAUCCCAGCUGACCUGUGAUUGUCCGGCCGGCCCGCCGUCUUGGUUCGGUUCGCGGCAGGGCGGCGCCUGACUGCGGUCCAGUCGCUAUUUAUUCGGGCCUGUGGCUUGGCUUCCGAGGGCGCGCGUGCGGCGAGCGCGGCGCGCCGGGCUCGGUUUCGGCGCGCUGCGAGCUCCGCGGCGGCGGACGGCCGCGGCGGAGGGGCGCGAUGUGAUGUGCGGACUCGUUCUCUUGAUAUAAGACCAAAGACGUGUUAUGUUGCGAGCGUAAUUAAUCGGCAAUAUCUGGAAGGCGGCUAGUUAGUGACGCAUGUUGAUGGAUGC